CCUAGCUGAAUGGAGAGUCUCAUCUUUACUCUGGGGAAAUAUGGAAACACGUUUUGUGAAACAGUUAGGCUGAUUAAGCUCGAAUUUGUCAUAGAAGGGCCCGGGCAGCAGGAAGAUCACAAACGUUGGGAAGAGAGUAAUUAAUGGAAAACUUGAGUUUUAGUUGUAAAAAUACUCGACAUAGUUAAGGAAUGGCUAACGAAAGAUUAACAUUAGCUCAUGUACAAGACGGAUAUGUGUUUUGGUUGGAAGAGGAUGGAGAUUUCAUAUCAACAAGAACGAUUGACGAAAUCGAAGGAGGAGUGUACAGCAUAAAUCGACUGGUUUGUCAGUUUUGGAGUGAUCGUUUAGGCCACAUUAGAGGAUUCUCAUGUGGAUUUACAUGUUUGGUGGAACCAAAGUUGAUCAACGAGUAUAUUAAGGCAAGAAGUGUGAAAAGGAAGUCACUUGCACCCGUUGGAAAAUCCAAUGGUUGUUCGUACGGGGAUGACCUGCCACCAGGUUGCACCGCAAAGCUGGAAAACUUAGUGGAGGUUCCUAUAUUUUCUGGUUCGGCAUACACUGCACUACAAAUACGCCAUCGAGCACGACGGUUAAAUGGGAAAGAUGACGUUGGCUCCAUCAAGCCAGAAAAUGGAGAAAGAUUUUUACAAGAAAACGGAACAAGAGGAAGAUUGGAUACCUUGUUAACUGCACUUAUUACUCAAGCUCGAGAUAGAGUAGUUUCGGUGGAACAAGUACCCCUGCCAGCACCCAUAGAAAAACUGAGUCUUCCACCUUACGUUGUUAAAAGUGGUCGUCGACCUAUCUACUGCAAAUGGACAGGAUGCAAAUACGUCUGUAUACAUGACGCACAUCUGAAAUACCAUGUUGAACAGAAACAUCGGAAAUUGAAAUUGAAACAUAAAUGUGACAAAUGUUCCAGAACUUUUGACCGACCUCACCGACUAAAAGAACACCUUAGUAAAGGGUGUGACGAUUUACGGACUAAACUGAAGAGAACAUCGGUGAAAGAGUUAAAGAAAGCUAGAAUUGCGAUCAGAACUGGGCCCACUGUUUCUCUCUCAAAUGAUAAUACCAUUGCUUCGACCCCUUCUGGCGUCUCUAAUAAUACAGAGAGUAACAAGGGGGUUGAAGAUACUCUGCUCCAGAAUGCCGUUUUAAAGAAAACGAAUGCCGAUCUUAUGGAAAAUAAUGCCAAAUUAAAGAAAACGAAUGCCGAUCUUAUCGAAAAGAAUUCCGAUUUAUCGAAAACGAAUGCCGAUUUAAGGAAAAGGAAUGCCGAUCUUAUGGCUCAGGUGACAGGAAUGUCUGGUACAGCAGAAAGGAAACCAUUCAGCACGCUAACAAACAAACCUAUGAGGCAAACAAAACUGAAUUUUCCAGUUAACAAACGAUAUUAAUGGCGUUUCGUUCAUUAUAUUCUUGUCCUGAAUCAUGACUUAUUUUAGACUUGUUCGCUUUAACUAUCAUACAUAAAAAACCUUUCAUUGUAUACCACUAUCAAGGUAUUAUGUAAAUAUUCUUGAUGUCGUAUUAGUCGUGGAAGAUGGUAGUUUAAAAUCGUAUAUUUCUCUGUUUCACCAAUUAAAUGACUGUUACCUGUGUAAUUUACCA